AGCGCGGUGGUGUGUGACGUCACUGCAUGUGUGGCCACGUGACAAGAAGUUAGUGACGUCACAGCCGGGAGUGACGUCGAUGGUGACGUCACGCACGACGGUUUGACGCGAGCGAGCGACUAGCGAGCAAGCACGCAGCACGGACGACGGGCACGGGCGAGACGCGAAGAAUGGCGCGUCCUGGUGAACGGCUCGUCUCUUUGGUGAACAUGAUCUACGGCUGGUUCGGCGCCUGGGGAGACGAUGCCCUCAACCCCUGCGCCAGCUGCUCUUGCGAGCUGCCACGUUCUGCGAAUCCCGCCGUGACCGGAGCGGCAGUGACUGCCGUACUGCUCUUGGCCUGGCUCAUGUCGGUGAUGCUUCUGAGCCUGCUCACCGUCUGUUUCCGCAGGAACCGUGGACUUCACCGCGAGAACGAAUCCUUCUGGUUCCAGAUCGAGAAGCUGCGUUGCCAGCUGCAGAAGCAAGAGGACGAGUUGAUCACCCAGCGGAAGCAACUCGCACGGCAGCACGUCGAUGAAAUGAAGCAUCUGGCCACAAGAUGCAUCACCGCCGUCCACGGCGCCCCCAACAUCGUCAUGUCCUUCAAACUGGCCUUCGGAUGUAUCAAGAGAUACAUCACCGCCGUCGGCACAUCCGCCACCACCGUCACCGGAGCUGUCAGCACCGUCACCAAGUGCUGCACGGAUGCCGCUCGAUGCAUCCACAGGCCCAUCGAUGCCAUCAUAAACUCUGCCAGCUCUGCCACCUCCUUCACCGCGACAAGAUCCUCCACUGCCAACCCCACCGCCACCACCGGAUCCAUCACCCAUGCCACGGCUGCCACCACCCCCACCACCCACGUCAGACGCUAUAGAUGCAAGGGCUGGAACAGACUUGUAAAGCCUGCCAGUUCCAGCAUCAGAAGGAGCUCAAGAAAAUGUGUUAAACAUUUUAAAUAGGCAAUAUCGUUUUCCCAUAACUGUACAUAACCUCAAUGAAAUAGCUGGAAAUUCUGUCUUUGAUCACCAAUGAAUACUGGCAUGGCACACAACAGGGUGGGUGGCCAACACCAUGCCCCUGGCUACUUUUGCCUCCCCAGAACUGAUGCUCACAUACUGCUCUGGCUACUUAUUUAAGGCAGAGUCGAGCUAGGGGAGGCCCAAGACAAGUUCAGACAUUCAUCGACAGUCUGCAGCUACUCCUAGAGCGAACGCAGUAGCGGCUCUUUCGCAACGUUCUUCACUUCGUUGUGCAUUUUCUUCAAAUUUCACAAAAAAAUGCUGCAUCCUUUUGCUGCGUUUGCUGACCGUCGUCCAGGAACCAAUAAGGUCAUUGGCGCGGGGGUCACCUGUACAGGAGAAACCGGGUGGCUCAAACCCGGAUUCAAACCCAGGAUGUCAGCACCGCUGGCUUCGCGCUUCCUGUCGCAUGUUCUAGUCUUUGUCAUGUAUUGUGAUUCAAUACAAAUAAAAUGUACCUUAAUAUGUACCUUCAUAUGAUGUUGGAUUCCGAUUAUAAUUUAUUUCAUGUAUUGUCACUGGAAUUUAACGAGGCGUUGGAUCUGUAGUGAAAAUGUGUUAACUUUACGGACGCAUUAACAUACUGUACACAGUCAUGAAUGUCGGUGGUUGGGCAGAGAAACUCACUACAUGAGAAACCCGGUGGCUGAAACCCGGAUUCGAACCCAAUCUGUCAAUACUACUGGCUUAGUGCUUCAUGUCAUAUGUUAUAGUCUUUGCCAUUCUGUAUUGAUAAUAAAUGCAAAUUAAAUAUAACUGAAUAUGUAUCUUCAUAUGAUGUUGAAUUUGUAUUUCACAAGACCAGUUCAGACAUUCGUCAGCAACGUUGCCUGGUCGUUGGAAUUGAAUGGGUCAAUGGAUCUGCAGUGCAAUGCGCUAACUUUACGGAUGCAUGAACACAUACAGUUAUGAAUGUCGAUGGUUAGGCAGAGAAAAACUGACUUCAGGAGAAACCAGAUAGGUGAAACCUGGAAUGGACCCCAGGCUGUCAGUACUGCUGGCUUAAUGCUUCAUGUCGCAUG